UUGCAUUACAUAAAAAAUCUAAGACACUGUGUGGGUGAUUUGUAACCAUGAAUCAUUCAUUUGACUACACUUUCCUUCCCUUUGCUUUCCUUCCCUUUGCUUUUGUCUUCACCGUCCGCCCGCGGGAAAGGGAAAAGGGAGCCCGUCAAGAUCCGAUUCUACUCGCCAAAAAAAAUUGCCCCAAAACCGAAACAGCCAAUCAAAAGAAUUCCGGACCACCAGAAUUUUUGGCUCUCACCCAACAGUCUCAAUUUUUUUUUUUUUUUGUUUUCUGGCCACCGACGCUGUUGAACGUUCCUCUUCCUUAUAACUCAUCUUCCAGUUCAUAAUGACCUUCUUGGCCACUGCUAUCCGUAACGCUGCUCCUUUGGUAGCUCGACGUGCCGCUCUUAAGCAAGCUCCUGUCGCCUUGUCCGCCAUUGCUCAAAAGAGAUGGAACUCUAACAGCGUUGAGAUGACUGUUCGCGAUGCUUUGAACCAAGCAUUGGAAGAGGAAUUGUCCGCUGACGAGAAGGUUUUCCUUUUGGGUGAAGAGGUUGCUCAGUAUAACGGUGCUUACAAGGUCACCCGUGGACUUUUGGAUAAGUUUGGACCUAAGCGAGUUAUCGAUACCCCUAUCACUGAAGCUGGUUUUGCCGGUCUUGCUACUGGUGCUGCCCUCAGUGGUUUGAAGCCCAUUUGCGAGUUCAUGACCUUCAACUUUGCUAUGCAAGCUAUUGACCAUAUUGUCAACUCUGCUGCAAAGACCCAUUAUAUGUCGGGUGGUACCGUCAAGUGCCCUAUUGUUUUCCGUGGUCCCAACGGUGCUGCUGCUGGUGUUGCUGCUCAACACUCUCAGUGCUUCGCUGCCUGGUACGGUUCCGUUCCCGGUCUCAAGGUUGUCUCCCCAUGGAACUCGGAAGACGCCAAGGGUUUGUUGAAGGCUGCUAUCCGUGACCCCAACCCCGUUGUUGUCUUGGAGAAUGAACUUCAAUAUGGUUUGUCUUUCCCCAUGUCUGAAGAGGCUCAAUCUUCUGACUUUGUCAUCCCUAUCGGUAAGGCUAAGGUUGAACGUGAGGGUAAGGACAUCACCGUUGUCUCCCACUCUCGAUCUGUUGGUUUCUGUAUGGAAGCCGCUGAGCAACUUGCCAAGGACGGUAUCUCAGUCGAAGUUGUCAACUUGAGAUCCAUUCGUCCUCUUGACGUCGAGACCAUUGUCAAGUCUGUUAAGAAGACCAACCGUAUCAUCACCGUUGAAGGUGGCUGGGCUUCCUAUGGUGUUGGCUCUGAGAUUGCUGCUCAGAUCAUGGAAUCCGAUGCUUUCGACUACCUUGAUGCCCCAUUGACCCGUGUCGCUGGUGCUGAUGUCCCCACCCCAUAUGCAAGAAACUUGGAAGAAUAUGCCUUCCCUGAUACUCCCAUCAUUACCAAGGUCAUCCGUGACACCCUUGACAAGAAGAUUGGUGCUUAAAUAACCAUCGAACAACUCAUCCAACAAAAUGUGGAA